AUGUCACUAAGAACUUGCCCAAUGCAGGCAUUAAAUGUCAUUGGGAUUGGUAAUAACUCUUCUAAUACAGUGUACGAAAGCUGUCUCACUCAAAUAAAAUCUCUAAAUAGCAACUACAGCGUUACUCUUUCGUGUCUUGUUCUCAACGAAUUGACGGGCCGCUUACCUAAGACCCCAGUUGAUAUUCAAGCUCUCAAAAUACCUAAUUCUCUUACUUUGGCGGACCCUGAGUUCUACAAGCCAGCUCCGAUUGAAGUUUUAAUUGGAGCAGAUAUCUUCUGGGACAUUCUAAACAGCGAACAGCUUUCUUUAGGUCCUAAUAAUCCUAAAUUGCAAAAUUCUAAAUUCGGCUGGAUAAUAGCUGGCCCAAUCAACAAUUAUUUUAGUAAAGAAACUAUUCAUUGCAAUCAUGCCAGAAUUGCAAACCCUACAUCUAACGAAAUUCACAAAAUGCUCACAAAAUUCUGGGAGCUUGAAGAGCUACCCCAAAAAACUGUUCGAAGUCAAAAUGACAUAGCAUGCGAAAAACACUUUCUAAAUACCACCACUCGCUUAGAAAGCGGCAGAUUCUGUGUGAAUGUUACCCAUAAAGGACUCACCUGA